AUGUGUGGUCGCUAUGCACUGGCACUGCGCCCGUCACAGGUGAGGCAGAUGAUGGAGGAUGAUGACAUGCCCGUGGCGUAUGCCCCGGAUGACGAUGGCCCCGGCGCGCCUCGGCAGUCGUACAACUUUGCCCCGGGGUACCACGGCAUCGUCUAUCGCGCCGACACGCCGGAUUGGGGCACCGGUCCCGCACCCCGCUCACAUGCCAGGGCCGAUGACGCCGCCGCGGAGGAGUCCACCGACAAGGAAAAGGAGGUUUCUGCCUCUGACGCAGCGGUGGCACCUGUCCACGUCCAGUACAAGCUUCAGUCGAUGAAAUGGGGCCUCAUUCCCUUCUGGACCAAGCGCAACCCAGACUACUCGACCAUGAUGCGCACCAUCAACUGCCGCGACGACUCCCUCAGCACCCCGGGCGGCAUGUGGGCCAGCAUGAAGGCCCGCAAGCGCUGCAUCGUCAUCGCGCAGGGCUUCUUCGAGUGGCUCAAGACCGGCCCCAAGGACAAGCUGCCACACUACGUGAAGCGCAAGGACGGCCAUCUCAUGUGCCUUGCCGGCCUGUGGGACUGUGUCCAGUACGACGGCUCCGACGAAAAGCUGUACACGUACACCAUCAUCACCACCGACUCCAACAAGCAGCUCAAGUUCCUGCACGACCGCAUGCCCGUCAUGUUCGACCCAGGCUCUGACAAGAUCAAGCAGUGGCUGGACCCGAGCAAGCACGAGUGGGAUCGCCAGCUGCAGUCGUUGCUCAAGCCCUUUGACGGGCAGCUCGAGGUGUACCCGGUGAGCAAGGACGUGGGCAAGGUGGGCAACAACUCGCCCUCCUUCAUCAUCCCCCUAAACAGCAAAGAGAACAAAUCCAACAUUGCAAACUUCUUUGCCAACGCAUCGCAAAAGGGCGGAGCGAAGGGCGGCGAAAAGACUACCGCUUCGACAAAGGACGCGAAGACAGAAACGGAGAAGCAAGGCCCCUUUACGGCCGUCAAGGAAGAGGCACCAGAAUCGAGCCCCGCAGAGAAGCGCAAGGCCGUUCCGUCCGUAGGGGACAGCCCCCCAGCCAAAAAGACGGCCACGGAAAGGAAGAAGAUCAGCGCGACGCAGAACGAGCGGAGGAGCCCGGUCAAGUCCAAGGCGCCAGGAUCUCAGAAGAUUACCAAGUUCUUCGGCAACAGCGCAUAA